UAAGAUAGGCUUGGUUUUGUUCUUGCCGAUCCACUCCAAUAUAAAGGAGGGAUGAUGAGCGCUCCUUGGCGCAGAGACAAUUCACUGCCGCUUCAUGACCCUAGACAUUUCUAUUAUUUCUUCUUGAACUUAUAAUUCAACUCUUACUAUGUCAUUGAUGGUGAUUCUCUCCGCUUUUCUCUGGCUUGCCCUCGGACGCAUGGUGGGUGCGCAUGUGGCGGCGUGGCAUAAAGGUGCGUGACUUGUCCAACAAAAAUAUUGUUUCUAAAGAUGAACGCGUUGCUGCAGGAAUGUACUGUUUAAAUGGCACGGUGGCGGGUGUCGAUAACCAAAACACCGCUGACGCCGUUCAGCCUUUGUACGAGCUAACGCAAGACCAGUGGUGGUUUCAUCACUACAACGGGUGCGACGAAUUCCCCCCCGACGAAGGCGACUUUUUAGAACUCCCCGCGAAUGGCCAAUUCACCGUCGAACUUGCAGUAAAUCGCGCUUUUACCACCUUAUCUUACAACGGCGCGGGUAUAAACGUCUUUGGAGACGGAGAAGCUCACCCAGAAUUCUACCUGCCACGAACGGAAUGCAUCUACCAACCCAACAUCCACACGCAGAACCAAUCAAUGGCCGCAGGAACAGCCUUCGCGAUAUCCUAUAACUCAGACAUGGCCGAUGUAACUCCAGAAAAUCUUGUUGUUUUCACCGUCUUGCAGAAUACUCCUUGGAAACGAGUGGCUACUUACAAGGUCCCAAAUCUACCAGCGUGCCCAUCCGGCGGCUGUAUAUGUGCCUGGGGGUGGGUACCGAACGGUUGUGGAACACCCAACAUGUAUAUGCAAGGCUUUAGAUGUAAGGUGACCGGUAAUACAGGUAGCGCCGCGGUAGCAACGGCGAAACCUCCGGUGUGGUGCGAAGGCCGACCAUCAAGUUGCGUAUCGGGCGCCAAGCAGAUGAUUUAUUGGCACCAGCUCGACGGAAACAACAUUGAAGUCAGCGGUUACGACAGCGCGGGCAGUCCAAAGAGUCCUGCUUAUAGCACAAAAUUAGGCUGGCAACCCGGUGCCCAGACAGAUAUAUUCUCAACCGCCAGCACUGCAAGUGAGUCCAGUGGGGCUCUCAGUGUCUUCGACAUCCUCCGCAAAGCCAUUCACUACAUCUGUAUAUUGUACUUCUUCCCUAUCGUUAUGUAUUGAUUUUUUCACUCUCAUUGGACGCUUUAUAUAGAUGGAGUCAUUUUAUAUAUAUUACAUUAUAGUUUUAC